AUGUCAAAGAACCAGCUUUUGGUGAGUGCCACCGUUUGCAACAAACGUGCCUCAUUGUACAAUGGUCACUUUGCAAAGAGACAAGUGUCGGACUAUGCAGAAAUAGAUUUCCAAAAGAGUCCCACGGAAAACUUGCAACAUAUUUCGCAAGUAGCUUUGAAUAGCAAGUUUCCAUUGGCUUAUACCUUUAUUUUUAGACCGGUAUAUUUGGAUAUGGUUGCCAGAUGGGCGCUUUGCGUGUCGGAUGCUAAAGAUCGCAGCACUAUAGUAGCCGACAGACUUGGUCAAGCAAUUGGGGUCUAUCCCGAAACGGCAAUGCUGUGUGACUAUUUUCUUGACCACCACCACCAGCAUCUGAAUUUGAUUUUGGACAUGGGAGAGUCCCAGCCGGAAAAUUCGUUGCACCAGAUUUUAUUGGCAUACUACCGAUUUUUACGUUUCGAUUGCGAGCGUUUCUCUCGCUUUGUGGCCCCACCAGCUCUUUACAAACUGUUGCAAGGCAAUUAUGCCAACAAUGCCAUUAAAUUGCUUUCAGUCAAGUUACUUUCGAUGUGUUUGAGAUUGGCUGAGCAAGCAACACUCGAUUUGGUUCACAAACACACGAACAUGUCCGAGGACUACUCUGGUGUAUUUGGCCCUUACGAUGGCGAUAUCGAGGUAGAUUACCGAUUUCUGGAGCUCAAUGAGGCUCAAAGGCUUGCCAAGUACCAUGAUUUGUUGAAUGCCUACAAAAAGUGCCACUUCGACUUGCCCAGAAGCCGCACUCAAGACUCUUUGGUCGUUUCCUCUCAUGACCUGAGCUCCCUUAUUGUGAUGGUUUACGGUACCCUAAUUCCCAGAAUAAGCGGAAACGCGAGAAAACACGAUACAAGCGAUAUACAAGAAGGUUUCGUACCCACCGAAGAAGCUCUUGCUUCCAUUCGUGCCUUAAGCAAGUCUAUACAGCUCUCUAAGCCAGUGAUGCUAAUCGGUAAAGCUGGGUCCGGUAAGACAUACCUCAUUGAUUAUCUUAGCAAGUAUACCGGAGCUCAUGAAUCGAUGAUCAAAAUUCAUUUAGGGGAGCAAACAGAUGCUAAACUUUUAUUGGGAACUUAUACCUCGGGAGAAAAGCCGGGGACUUUUGAGUGGAGAGCUGGCGUAUUAACCACUGCUGUCAAAGAGGGCAGGUGGGUGUUAAUUGAGGAUAUAGAUAAAGCACCGACUGAGGUUAUUUCAGUGCUCCUAACGCUACUGGAGCAGCGCCAGUUGAGUAUUCCGUCCAGAGGUGAGACAAUUAAAGCUGCCAAUGGCUUUCAAAUAAUUGCUACAAUUAGGACACCAGGCGAUGACGACAAAAACGAAUCCCAGUAUAAACCCGACCUAAUUGGUAUUCGGCUAUGGGAUAUCGUACGCCUCAAGGAACCCGGCAAUGACGAGCUCCUGGUGAUCUUAUCCAACAAAUUCAGUGCUCUCAAGAAUCUAGUAGGAAGGUUUGUGGAGACUUACAAUGCGGUACGAAGGAUAUAUUCAAAUCCACAGUACAUCUCUAUGAACAGGGGUGUUCAUCCUAGGGUGGUAACUCUGCGAGAUCUGGUGAAAUUUUGCAGCAGGGUUCAGACCAUCUUCAAAAACAACGGCAUCAAAAGCGCAGAGGAACUAAUACCAUCCCAAGUAUACGACGGUAUUUUCUUUGAAGCCGCAGAUUGUUUCGCAUGCGCAAUUGGCGAACAAAGAGCAUUAAGACCAUUAGUUGAAGCGAUAGGAAUUGCCCUAGAGAUACCUGGCUCUAGAGUAAACCUUUACAUUUCCAAGCAUGUUCCAGCUUUCGAAGAGGAUACCUCAUCUGUACGCAUUGGCAGAUGCGUUCUUGCUAAAAAUCACGUAAAACUGCUGAAGAAGUCGAGUAACGACACAUCUUUUGCCCGAACGAAUCAUUCCUUAAGACUUAUGGAACAAAUUGGGUCAUCGAUUCAGAUGUGUGAACCUACCCUGCUUGUUGGUGAGACAGGUACAGGUAAAACUACUGUUGUUCAACAAAUGGCGAAACUGUUGAACCGAAAAUUGACCGUAAUUAAUGUAUCUCAGCAGACAGAAAGUGGGGAUCUGCUGGGUGGCUUCAAACCAGUUAAUACGAAGACAAUAGCGGUUCCUCUAUUAGAAGAUUUCGAGAGCUUAUUCCCUGCGACCUUUUCGAUGAAGAAGAAUGAGCGUUUUUAUACUAUGCUUCACAAAUGCUUUAACAAAAAUCAAUGGAAAAAUGUCGUCAAGCUUUUGAAUGAAGCAUUCAAACUGGCUAAAAAUCUGCUAAGUGAUGACCACGACGACUCCUCAGACAGUUCGAAAAAAAAGAGAAAGCUUGACUCCUACAGGAAGAAAAAUUUGAUGGAUAGGUGGGUUGAGUUUGAUCAAAGAGUCAAGAACUUUGAGGCACAGUAUUCGUCCAUCGAAAACUCGUUCGUAUUCAACUUUGUCGAGGGCUCUUUAGUUAAGGCUGUCAGAAAUGGAGAAUGGCUUUUGCUAGAUGAAGUUAAUUUGGCGUCUUCUGAUACGCUCGAAAGCAUAUCAGAUUUACUUUCGGAGCCUACGUCUCGAAGCGUUCUGCUUUCGGAAAAAGGACAGGCCGAGCCAGUGAGGGCACAUCCGGAUUUUCGUAUUUUCGCCUGCAUGAAUCCAGCUACCGAUGUAGGGAAAAGAGACUUACCUGCUGGAGUUCGGUCGAGGUUCACAGAAAUUUAUGUUCAUUCUCCUGACCGUGAUAUUACAGAUCUUCUAUCUAUUAUUGACAAAUACAUCGGGGCGUUUAGUGCUAGCGAUGAGUGGGUUGGAAAUGAUGUUGCAGAACUGUAUCUAAACGCUAAGCAACUCGCCGAGGCAAACAAACUGGUAGAUGGCUCAAAUCAGAGACCACACUUCAGUAUUCGUACUUUGACUCGUACCCUGAUUUACGUCCGAGAUAUAGUCAAAAUUUAUGGUUUGAGAAGAUCGCUAUAUGAAGGUUUUUGCAUGUCCUUCCUAACAUUACUCGAUGAGAAAUCAGAACUUUUACUGCAACCAUUAAUUGAAAAGCUAACCUUAGGAAGGCUAAAAAAUCCAAAGUCGGUGAUGUCACAGUCCCCAGCAUGCCCUGGGCCUGAAUAUGUCCAGUUCAAGCACUAUUGGAUGAGGAAGGGACAACAUGAAAUCCAGGAACAACCCAACUAUAUCAUUACGCCAUUCGUGGAGAAGAAUAUGCUCAAUCUCGUUAGAGCAACUUCAGGACGUAGAUUUCCAGUUCUAAUCCAAGGCCCAACUUCUGCGGGCAAAACUAGUAUGAUCAAAUACCUUGCCGAUAUUACAGGCCAUAAGUUCGUGCGUAUAAAUAACCACGAACACACGGAUCUUCAGGAAUACCUUGGAACGUAUAUGGCCGAUGACACAGGUAAGCUUUCUUUCCGGGAAGGUGUAUUAGUAGAUGCUUUAAGAAGAGGACAUUGGGUAGUGUUAGAUGAGCUGAACCUAGCCCCUACUGAUGUACUAGAAGCGUUGAACAGGUUGUUGGAUGACAAUAGGGAGCUUUUCAUACCCGAAACCCAGGAAGUAGUACAUCCUCAUCCAGACUUCAUGUUGUUCGCUACGCAGAAUCCACCCGGAAUAUAUGGCGGCCGUAAGAUAUUGUCGCGAGCAUUUCGGAAUCGUUUCCUAGAGUUACACUUUGACGACAUUCCACAGGAUGAGCUUGAAAUCAUUUUGAGGGAGAGGUGUAAAAUCGCACCCUCAUAUGCUCAGAAAAUAGUCGAAGUUUAUCGCCAGCUCUCUAUUCAACGAUCUGCUAUGAGAUUGUUCGAGCAGAAAAAUAGUUUUGCAACUUUACGUGAUUUGUUUCGUUGGGCGCUGAGGGAUGCAGUUGGCUAUGACAACUUGGCUGCGAAUGGAUACAUGCUGCUAGCAGAAAGAUGCAGAACGAAGGAAGAGAAAGUGGUGAUCAAGAAUAUCCUUGAAAAAGUCAUGAAGGUAAAGUUAGAUAUGGAAAGUUAUUACAGAAGCCUUGAGAACAAAGACCUGCAAUCCAUGCCGAGUUCCAUUGUUUGGACCAAGGCCAUGCAUAGACUUGCUGUUUUGGUCUCAGCUUGUUUGAAGAACGAUGAACCAAUUUUGUUGGUAGGUGAGACGGGAUGCGGGAAAACAACCAUCUGUCAAUUAAUUGCUGAGUAUGUAGGAUCGUCCCUCAUCACGGUGAACGCCCAUCAGAAUACCGAGACAGGUGACAUACUUGGUGCUCAGCGACCUAACAGACAUCGUUCCGACAUUCAAAAUCAAUUGACAGCGCUUCUAGAACAAGUCUUACAUUGCCGUUGUGGAAAUUACUCUUUGGAUGAGCUUUUGGCCCUCUAUGACCAAGAAGAUAAGAGUUCACUUUCUCAAACAGAUAUUGAAAGAGUGAAAAGCUUAAGGGAGAGCCGAGAAAUCUUAUUCGAGUGGUCUGAUGGUCCCUUAAUACAAGCUCUUAAUGGUGGCCAAUUUUUCUUGCUCGAUGAAAUUUCCCUAGCCGAUGAUUCUGUUUUAGAAAGGCUCAAUAGUGUGCUGGAACCAGAGAGAAGUCUUCUGCUUGCUGAAAAGGGAGGCUCUGAUAGCCUAGUCCAGGCUGCCAAGGGAUUUCAGUUUUUUGCGACUAUGAAUCCAGGUGGUGACUAUGGAAAAAAAGAGUUAUCCCCCGCCCUUAGAAACCGGUUCACCGAGAUAUGGGUUCCGUCAAUGGAAGACUUUGAAGACGUGCAGCUAAUUGUUAAUUCAAAACUCCACGCGGAGGUGUCGGUUUUAUCUAAACCCAUCGUCGAAUUUUCCAAAUGGUUCGGCGAAAAGUAUGGCGGUGGUAAUACCAACAAUGGUGUGAUUUCUUUGCGUGAUAUUUUGAGCUGGGUGGAAUUUGCCAAUUUUACUGCGGAGAAAUUGCAGAAUAGUUAUGCAGCAUUAGUCCAAGGUGCUGCCAUGGUAUUCAUUGACACACUUGGAACAAAUAAUACAGCCUAUCUGUCUGAUAAUGCGGAAACGCUCAAGUCACAUAAGCUAGAUUGUUUGAACGCGCUGAGCCAUAGUGCUGGAGCCGAAGUCCAUCAUUUAUAUCAGAAACAACCUUCUUUAGUUGUUAACGAGCAUGAUUUGCAAGUGGGACUUUUUUCACUAAAGAGAACAUCACUUGCGACACAUCCUCAGUUCAACCUUAAUGCCCCAACCACUAUGAGUAAUCUAAUGCGGGUCGUACGAGCUAUGCAGGUGAAUAAACCUAUUCUGCUAGAGGGAAGCCCUGGUGUUGGCAAAACUAGUCUAGUUUCUGCUUUAGCGGAAUGUACAGGCAACAAGCUUACUCGUAUCAACUUGUCAGAACAGACAGAUUUGGUGGACUUAUUCGGGUCAGAUGCUCCUGGUGAGAGAACUGGGGAGUUUGUUUGGCGCGACGCACCUUUUUUGAGGGCAAUGCAACUUGGAGAGUGGGUGUUACUCGAUGAGAUGAAUCUCGCUUCUCAAUCUGUUCUUGAGGGUCUGAAUGCUUGUUUAGAUCACCGUGGCGAGGCAUAUGUCCCUGAGUUAGAUAAGUCGUUUUCUAAACAUCCCAACUUCACCGUUUUUGCUGCUCAGAAUCCUCAACAUCAGGGUGGGGGCCGAAAAGGUCUUCCUAAAUCGUUUGUGAAUCGAUUCAGCGUCGUAUAUGUCGAUUUGCUUACUCCUCAAGACCUUUUCUUGAUAGCUACUCACCUUUUCCCCAACAUCGACCACAAAGCUUGUGCCCAGUUGAUCGAUGUAAUUGCCACGCUAGAAAAUGAAGUCUCAGAUCGAAAACUCUGGGGUCACUCAGGUUCUCCCUGGGAGUUCAAUCUGAGGGAUACUCUAAGGUGGCUCAAGCUGCUCGACACACCGUCGCUCUCAAAUAGACAAGGGCCCAUCGACUACCUAGACAUGAUUUUGACGCAAAGGUUCCGGACAGACGAUGAUCGCAUCAAGGCUAAGAAUGUGUUUGAGCGGUUUUUUGGGAAAAUCGAAAAACGAGAAAGCUACUUUCAACUCACUCCAGAAUAUUUGCAAGUGAAUGGGGAGCUCGCUUUGAGAGAUGCUUUUUUGAAUCAUACAGCUCUGGAGGGCUCCAUUUCUCUUCAAUGCAAUUUUGGUAUUUACGAAUCAGUUCUGAGGUGUGUUAAUAGGAACUGGCCGCUUGUGCUCUGUGGACCAACAAAUUCUGGGAAAACUGAAAUUAUCAAGUAUAUGUCGGGAAUCCUGGGAAAGAAGCUUGUGAGCUUUCCCAUGAAUAGCGACAUUGAUAGCAUGGACAUUUUGGGUGGAUAUGAACAAGUGGAUUUGAAUCGAAAAGUUUCACAGUCUGUUGAGAGGUUAGUUACGAGUUUGAGGCAAUUGAUAGCAAUUAAUUUGGGCUCUGAGAGCUCGGAAGAAGAUGCAAAGGUAACAGCACUUGAAUUAUUGCAUUUCUUGACUACCAGGUCAGUUGAGAUAUCUGAACUAGAACAGUUUUUACCACUUGUCGAAAAGCUAACCUAUUUCUCUGAUGAUGAGAGAAUCGGCUUGGCUCUGGCUGACUUUCGUUCUUUACUGAAGAAAAGAGACGUCCCAUCCUCCGUCACCUUUGAGUGGUUUGACGGCUUACUAUUGAAAGCUAUGGAAGAAGGAUCUUGGCUUGUGUUGGAAAAUGCUAAUUUAUGCUCUCCAUCUGUAUUGGAUAGACUUAAUUCACUUUUGGAAACCAAUGGGUCUUUGAUUAUCAACGAAUGCAGCCUGGCCGAUGGUCGGCCUAGAAUAGUUGACCCAAAUCCCAAUUUCAGGCUCUUUUUGACCGUAGACCCGAAGUUUGGUGAGCUAUCGCGGGCUAUGAGGAACAGGAGUAUUGAAAUUCAUGUCGACAAAUUGGCUAAAAGAGCCACAUCUUACGACAAGGCCACCCUUGGGCGCGAAUUUUUUGCCGAGGCUGGCGAAGCUGAUGAUGGCUUCGAGGGGAUCAUGAGCUGUACACCUCUAUGUCGCUUUGUUCCCGCAGAUAACUCUGAGAUUAUGCAAUUUUCGAAACUUCACGAUAUUGGCAUGAUUUCUAAUCCGAAUACCUUUGAAGCUGUCGUAUCCAUAUUGCCACAAUCGGCUUUUUUUGCUUUGGAUGGCUGGAUGUCGAAUGUUGAGCAGACGAGCUAUUUCGUGGAGGGCGGAAACGUCGAGAAGUAUGUGCGAUAUGCAGGAUACUUAAACAAAAUUGGCGUUUUACAGAACGUCUCACAUUUAUCGCGCCAACUCGUUUCCAAGUUUCUCAACCAAAACGAUUUUUUCGGUGUUAGCCAACCCUUAUUACCAUCGCUCAACUCGUAUGUGGCCGGUGGGAUAGCUAUGGACUGCUCAGCUAUUACCUCUUCCGAGCCACUGUAUUUCUUUGAGGUCGCCAGAAAAUUGUGUAACUUUGCACAACAACUCGAUGACGUUUCGAGAAGAGCCCAACACGUUAAAUUGAGAGACCUUAAUUAUCUUGAGUUAAGUGCAGCCUACGAUAUUGGUCGAGCGAUUAAGAGAACUCCUCAAAUACCCAUCUUCAAAGUUCUUGCACAGCUGUACAAAAGCAUUGUGGAGAUGAUCAGCUCAAAUGAGCUAUUUAUUCGCCAAAAGGUGUACAAGGACUGUUUUGACUUGUGCGCUAUUUGGAUAGGUGCCUUUGAUACUUCAAAAACCCACAAUUUAUCCAAACUAAGAGCCUACCAGGAAUUACUGUUCAAUUGGCACCGGGAUGCGACCUACCAAAACUCAAGCUCUCAGGAAGUUCUAGAAAUGGCCCAAUUCUUAGGGAGUUCACUGUCAAUGGAUACUGGCAGGUCUAUCACUCUCAUAUGGAACGCAUUCCGGACAAACAAUCCUGGCUCCAAUAUCGCCUGGAACCAACUAGAGAAGCUGAUCAGUGUAUCUCAAAAAUUUGAUGAAGUUGUUCAAAAACAGUUUUCAGACUCUUACGACCUCAUUAGUAACUUGAGAUAUAUCAUAUUGAGCCUUAAAGCAGAUAUUGUGUCAGAUACGGCGACUGAUUUUGAUGGUGUCUUGGAGACCUUACAAAAUGGGAUUUCCGAGCUCGAAAGCAUUUCGAAACGAUUUUUGAACCAGAGAAAACAUCACUUUAGGCCCGAAUUCGAUGCACUGAUGCGAGUUCUAUGUCAUACUGACAAUGCUCAAAGUCAAACAACGAGAAGUUUAGUCUCAUACAGUUCUCUGAAGAGCGAAACGUUCCUGGAGUUGCAGAAGGAUAAACUGAGCCACCCGGCGGUCUUCGAAUUGCUGUGGACAAAAGAUGAUGAUGGCAAGUUCCAUUCCUUCACGGGCUCAGUAUUUGAUAGCUCCAUCUUAGAAACUAUCGUGACUAAAGUGACCUCCUUCAAAUCUAUCAGUGGCAGUCAAAUUCCACAAGCCGUAGAGGACGCAUCUGUUUUACAAGAAAAGUUAAUGUCAUGCUCAAGUUUGGUGUUGUCUGACAAAAUAAACAUAUCCAAGAAAACUCUAUUCGACUGGUAUAAGAAGCUUGUUUCAGUUCAUGUGGAUAUCAAAGCAUCUGCCACACUUGAUGAGAUACAAGAGGUGCUAUCCGACUGCAACGACGAAUGGUUCAAGCGCAUACAUCAGGACUUUUUGCUUGCUGCGGUUGUGACCUCUUUGGAUUGCGCCAAUCUCUUUACGCUGGGUAAAGCCUGGAUUUUGUUCUCGGCUGGUGCGCUACAACUUUUUGCACCUAGCACACCAUUCGACCCUGCUAUUCGUGAUUACGUCCUAUUUGAUAACUAUCAAAUUAGGGUAUCAAUGUCCAAGGAGCUUGCGCUUUGCUGGGAGCAUUGCAGAAGGGCCUUGAGCGGAGACGAACCCAUGUCAAUGGAAUUAUCCCUUGAAUGCACUGGUGACAUAGUCCCACCUUCCAAACCUAGAGUUUACAGACCAGAAAGACCCAUUGAUCCUCUGUUUGAAGAGUGGAAUGCAUUCAUAAGGUCCACAGUAGGUUUGGAAUCAGUAAGAAAGCUAAUGGCUGCACUAGAGAUGUUUGAUUCUAUGUCAGAUAGUCAACUCAACUUGUUCCAACAAAAUUCUUCACAGUUUUUGGAUCGUCUGAACUCGAAUUAUCGUGUUUAUUCUGAUUUGAAUGACAUAUUCCGCGGAUAUGUUUUGGGAAUGAAAUUUGGGUUUGACUUAAUGAGACAGGGCAAGCCAGAGGAGAGAAAAUCUGUCAAGCUUUCUCCCCUGUGGGCUAUUGAUUCGCAUGUUAUAACGUGCCCACAUCAGAUCAAUACCUCAUUUGGCCUUCUCAAAAAGCUAUUCAGCAAAAAAACCGUCAACAAUCUAAGUGUUGAACGCAUUUCCAUAUUUUACUUGAAAUUGUUCAGUUUCCACGGAAAAGACAGUCGUCUUGUGAGUACCUUCGAAAAUUCUCUUCAGACACUAUACUAUAGAUGGUCAAUGCGCCGUCUGCAGGAAGAGAAGACCGAACAAGGCAAAAGUGGGAUCUACAAAUACGAUGACACUGAUUUUGAUGUGGAGUCUGACUUCAAAAACAUGUUCCCCGACUAUGAAGACGUUGUUCUGGUUAAUGCUUCCGGUACGCAAGUGCCUUCUGAUGUGACAGUGUUGAAUGACCUUUAUUUUGAGAUUGCGACCACUUAUUUGAACCUUUUCAAUAGUGAAAGUCAACUAACCUUCACGGACAUGAUCGCGGAAGGUUGUAAAAUAUCCGGUGACCUAACCGAGAUCGGAGUAGAGUACAUGAGCCAUUCUCCUAGACCAAGUACCUUGACCCCGGUCUUACAUCAGUUGUCUCGAGAAGUAAAGAGUUUCCAACUUCCAAGAGAGUCUGAAAAUUUGGACUUCUAUCGCGAUUCGUCUGUUUAUGAAACAAAGCGAGCAGGAGCCAUUGUGGAGAAGGUAUGGAUUUUAACUGAUAACCUCUUAAGUCAAUGGCCUGAACACUCGACCUUGAACGAUUUGUCUCGAGUGUGCCGCGAGUUCAUGGAGUACUCCGCCGAUACUCCAAUUGCUCGACUACUGCAGAAAAUCGAGCAAAUAUUCACCAUAGUCACAGAAUGGGAAAAGUACGCCUCAGUUGCAGUCUCGCUUGCUACGUCUGUUAGGGAGUUGACAAAUUUGGUAGUGUCCUGGAGAAAGCUAGAGUUGAGCACUUGGAGUAGACUAUUCGAUUAUGAAAACCACAUUUUGAACAAAAGUGUAGGAAGGUGGUGGUUUCAUUUAUUUGAGACCAUCAUGGUAGCUGCACCCAAUGAAAACUCUGCAGAUGCUAUUGAGGUGCAGGAUGACUGCAAGCUACUUGGUUCCUUGAACAUAUUCAUCAGUAAAUGCACCCUCGGUGAGUUUGGUGGUCGUCUUGCCUUAAUAAAGGCAUUUGCCAACCAUUGCAUAUUAGCUAAAUGCAAAGCGGAGCGAACUACCCAUUCCCUGCUCAAUGUGGUGACCUUUUAUGAACAGUUUCUGCCAAUUGUCGAAAGCAGCCUGGAAGAUGGAAGGAAAAAGCUGGAAAAAGAAAUUUCCGACAUAAUCUUGCUUGCUUCUUGGAAAGACGUGAAUAUUGAUGCUCUCAAACAAAGUUCGCACCGUUCGCACAAUAAUCUUUACAAGAUAGUAAGGAAGUAUCGUACCCUGCUGUCACAAAGCGUCUUGCCUAUUAUCGAAAGUGGGUUACAGAGUCUUUCAAAAGCCAGCUUCGAACUGGACAACUUCUCCGAAAAUAUGGCCAUGACUUAUGAAGCGGCAGAAAUGAACAGAAUACUUUCAAACAUAAGCUCUUGGAAUGAUAGGCCCUCCGCCUUGAAAAAUCUGGAUUUAAGCACAAAAAAUAUGUCAUAUCACUGUAGUGUGAUUGAGGCCGAGGAAUACCCCGAUUUCACUAUUUUCGCCAAGGACGUGUGGGAAGACGCUGAUCGAUUGCGUAAGGAGACUCCCAAAGUCUACAAUAAGAGAGAAAAGAAACUUCUCGCAGCUUUGAAAAUACAGAAGGCGAAAUUGCUAAAUGAUUCUUUGAAAGAACUAAAAAGAAUGGGUUUGAAAACAGGUUUCAGGGAUGACAUACGUAAGGUGCAAGAAUCAGUGACAUUAAUUUUGAGUUCUAUUGAUUCGUUCAGAGAUAGCGCACUUGCGGGAUGUGACGCUCAGUUUUUCCGUAUUCUCGAGCUCAUUCCCCGCCUGCGUUUUGUUGCAUCUAGUCCAGCAGAGGACGCUCCACUUCCUGCGAUUGAGAGGGGUAUGGCUGUAUUUGAAAACUUGGUUUUCCUAUUGAUAUCUAGCAGGGGCACUUUCCGAGAUUUUGCGGAAAAUUUCAGCCUUCUUGCUGGUAUGCGAUCACGUCUAGAGCAAGUGGCAGUAACAAAGGAUGUUUUAAUGCACCGUCCUUUAGCAAUGAGCUUUGAUAAUUAUUCUUUCAUCUGCAAGUGGCUACCCAAACUUUUGAAUUACGCUUCUGAAACUUUGAGCCUCACAUUUUCUACCUCCGAGGAAAAUCCUCUGUACAACGUUAUAUCUGGCGCUGCCGAAAAGGUGAUGGAAUAUCAGUCAUUGAUCCAUGAUCAACAGGUUUUCGACGGAGGUUCGCGAGCCCUGCUCAUUGAAUUCAGUGAAUUUUGCGAUGACUUGUCAGCCAGGCUUUUGAAAGCCAGCUCCUCAAAAACUGCAUUCUUGGCUCGCAUUGUCAUCGAGUGGUUAGCCGAACAGCGAUCUUCCCUGCAGUUUGAUGAGAGUCUCGAAAAUGCUGAAAAUAUCGAGAUAGUUGAUCAAAGCUUUCGCAGAGUAAAUACUUCGAUCAUGCUCACAAUACAAAAGCUGCUACAGGAUAAGCCCGAAAAAAUUGUAAUGGAUGAAGACAGUUGGCUAACUUCUUCUCACCAAAGAAUUAAUUCUGUCGCUAAGCGAGUGACCUCUUCCAAAGUUACUAUGAAUAUGAAGGACGCCUUAGACCUAAUUUGCUCCCAAAAAUAUUCUAAACGUACAUCAAGAAUGAUUACAGCUAUUGUGCAGUUUACAAUGCCAAUGCUUUCCAGAUACAACCAACUCCUAGUCUGUCUCAUGAAUAGGAUCAAGUGCCACUAUGAUACCGUAUCCCAUGGCACCAUCAUACUUGGUGGGAUACUUUACAACCUAGGAAAAUCUGGAUUUUGUUCACCAAGUCCACCUGACGAGGAGACAGAAGACCAAAAUUUGCAGGACGGCUCGGGGCUUGGUGACGGUGAUGGCGCUCAGAACAAUUCAAAUGACGUUGAAGAAGAUGAAGAUCUGCUGGAAAAUGCUCAACAACCCGACAAAGAACAGGAGAAGAAAGAAGAUCAAGAUGAGGACGAGGAGAAUGCCGUCGAUAUGGAGGGGGACAUGGCAGGUGAUUUAGAGCAGGCCAGUGGGGAGGACGACUCCGAAGAUCAUGACGAUGAUGAGGAGGAAGACCUAGACGAAGAAGUAGAUGAUUUGGAUGAAGAUGAUCCCAAUGCUCUCGAUGAGAAAAUGUGGAACGAAGACGCGAAGGAAUCUGACAAAGAGAAGGAGGCCAAUCAGGCCCCACAGAAUUCCAAUGAAGACGACGUUCAAGCUGCCGAAGGUAACGAAGAUAAUAGCGCUGACGACCGGCAGGAAAACCAGGAGCGUAGCGAAAUUGAUGAACAAGAUAAGGAGGAAGAAAGAGAAGAACAAAAUUCUGAACCAGAGUCCAAUGAAGAAGACGAAGGCGUUGGGCAAGAUGAUGAAGUCAGAAAUGACGAAUCAGACCAGUUAGAGAAUCACGUUCCGGAAGUGGAAACCAUGGAUUUACCUGAAGAUAUGGACCUGGAUUCUGGCGAAGAGGAGAGUGGUGAUGAAAAUCACGCCGAAAGUGAGGGCGAAUUAGACGACGGAAUGAGUGAGGAGAACAAAGAGCAAAAAGAAGAAGACGACGACGAAGAAGGACAGGGAGCGGAAGGGGAGGAGUCUGCGCUCCCUGAUGAAAAUCGAGAUUCCAUUGAGGACGAAAAUGAAGCUGACGAGGAUAAAGAGGAUAUUGAUAUUGAUGAACAGGAACAUGGAGAGGACUCGGAAGAGGUAGACUCCGGUAACAAAGACGACCAGGAAAAUGACAAUGCAGCUUCAGAUGCCGAACUUGCCAACGAGGAGGACACUGCUAACGACAAUAAAACUGGCGAUGACAUGGACACUCAAGAAGCAGGGGGGGAAGACAACUCAGAGGAAAAGUUAGAGGGCUUAGAUGGUGUCGAAGAUAUGAUGGAGAUUGACAGUCAAGACUUCGAAUCCACUGUUCAGCAGCAGAGUGGCGCUCAAGGGAAAGGAGCUGAUGCUGCCAACGAUGAGGAGGAUGAAAAUGUCGGCAGCUCUGGAAAUGCCCAACAGCAGCAGAAUGAAGAUUCCAAAGAUGAAAUAAAUGAGAACUCACGGCAAGAAGCCAAAGAGAGCCUGAAGCAACUUGGUGAUAGUCUGAAAGAAUUUCAUAGACGCCAUCAAGAAAUAAAGGAGGCUACAUCUACAGAGGAUAAGCAGGAAGAGUCAGCGUCGAAUGAUCGCCCUGAUGAGUUCGAGCAUGUGGAAGGUGCCGAUGCGGAUACAAAUACUCAAGCACUGGGCUCUGCUAACCAAGAUCAAACGACGGCCAUCGAUGAGGAAAAGGCAAUAGAUGAUGAUAUGGAGGACCUCGAGCAUGAGGACAAACAAGAGGAAAAACUUGAGGAUAGCGAAAGGGAGCUUCAAGCUGAAGAAAGCGAGACAAGGGAAUCUCUCGACCAACCGCAAGACAAAGAUAGCCAAGGUAAGACCAAAAGUGCUUUUGCAGAAUCUCAGAGGAACUUGAUGGAGCAGAGUCCACUUUCUAACCUUGACAUGGUUGAGACGGAUAUGAAUGAUCUUGAUGAGAUUAUUGACGCCAUCGAUCGGAAAAUUAUAAUUGAGGAAACUAGCGCGGUACCUCCCAGGGCUUUAGAAGAAGCCAGACAACUAUGGAGGACAAGUGAAAUCGAGACUGCUGAAUUGGCCGCCGGCCUUGGGGAACAGUUGCGACUCAUUCUGGAACCUACGCUAGCCACUAAAUUAAGAGGUGACUAUAAAACUGGUAAGAGACUCAACAUGAAACGAAUUAUACCAUACAUUGCGUCCCAGUUUCGCAAGGACAAAAUCUGGUUGCGGAGAACGAAGCCAAGUAAACGUCAAUAUCAGAUUAUGAUCGCAGUGGAUGACUCAAAAUCCAUGAGCGAAUCAAAAUCUGUAGACCUUGCUUUCCAAAGUAUAUGUCUGGUGUCCAAAGCACUUACUCAGCUGGAAUCGGGUGGUUUGUCGAUUGUCAAAUUUGGAGAUACGACGCACGAAGUCCACCAAUUCGACCAAACGUUCGGCGUAGAUGCUGGUGCAAAAAUAUUUCAGUGGUUUGACUUCCAAGAUACUCGCACAGACGUUAAAAAGCUGGUUGCAGAAUCUCUUCGUAUUUUCGAUCGUGGACGGGCUACAAAUAACGCCGAUCUAUGGCAACUGCAGAUUAUAAUCUCCGAUGGUGUGUGCGAGGACCACGAUACAAUUCAAAGACUGGUGCGUCGUGCGAGGGACAACAAAAUCAUGCUGGUUUUCGUGAUUGUCGAUGGCGUAAACUCUUCUGAGUCGAUCAUGGACAUGAGCCAGGUGAAGUACGUUCCCGACCAAAACGGAAAUUUGCAGCUGCAAGUCGAAAAAUACUUAGAUACCUUCCCAUUCGAAUUCUAUGUGGUGGUACACGAUAUUUCAGAAUUACCAGAGAUGCUUUCCAUCAUUCUUCGCCAGUAUUUUUCCGAGCUUGCCUCUGCCUGA